ACAGGCAUGAAGACAGUCGACCACUGCAAAGUGUUGAGCGCGGGACAGACUGGCUUCAGUCCACAGUGCUCCUCAGUUGUCCAAGAGAAGACCCCAGUACUUUCGCCUACAGUGAGACGCUGACACUCACCCCAACCAAUAAUGUGAGAAUCAGACGGAAACGUUUGUCAGAUGUUAAAGCUCAUCGUCGCUUCAUUGUACUGCCGCACCGUCUCCGCUCAACACUGUCACACAGUUUGCAGCCCGACUACAGUAUACAGGCUCUAUCCACGCGGAUACCUGGUGUGAGAUGCGGCAAUGUCCCGAGGAAUAUGCCCACGCGUGAACUCUUGCGGAUGCUUUUGGAUUUUCUCUGCGGUCGUGUUUGCAGUGCGUGUGAUCGAUGUGGAGUCGCACAGCUGUCAUGAAGUGAGGACCGCUUUCCAGCUGCGGCAGGUCGGCCCGCUGCACCGCGUACCGGAGACACCUGACACAGAUGUGGAUCUGUUGAUAUGCAAGCACCAGGGUCCCUCCUGCUGCACCCGCAAAAUGGAAGAGAACUACCAGCUUGCUGUAAAACGAGAAACCCUCCACAACAUUCACUCCUACAGCUAUGAGCUGGAGCAUGUCAUCUCUGGCCACUUGGAUGCCUUUCAGGACAUGUUCCAGUACCUGUUAUCGUUCUCUCAGGGACACCUGAGUUCUCUGUUGGAGGGAGCAUACCCAUCCCUGUCUCACCAUGCCUUGCCUCAUGUAAAUCAACUCUUCUCCUCACUCUCGCUCUAUCUCCGCGGGGCCAAUGUGUCGGUGGAGGCGACAGUUCAUCAUUUCUUUAACAACCUCUUCCCACUCGUCUACACAAAACUCAUCAAUCCAGGCAUUGAAGGCAGUAUGAUGGUGGGCAGUGAAAUGGGAGACUGUCUCCGUAUGAUCCGGCAGGAUGUCAACCCGUUCGGACCUCAUCCCGCUGUCAUGGCCCAGGAGCUGGCUGGGGCCCUAGGAGCUGGGCGGCAGCUGGGUCUGGCCCUGGAGGAGGGUUUGGAGGUGAUGAAUGCCACUGAACACAUCAGCCUGACCAAAGAGUGUGUGAAGGGCCUUGUGAAGAUGGUGUACUGCUCCCACUGCAGAGGCUUGACGCUUAUCAAGCCCUGCGUGGGAUACUGUCUGAAUGUAAUGCGAGGCUGCUUGGCCAGCGUGUCAGAGCUGGAUCAGUCUUGGAGGAGGUAUACCAGUUUGUUGGAGCAGCUCACUCACGCCAUGGCCGGGCACCACAGCCUUGAACUGGCUCUGCUGGAGGUCAGGGGCCGCGUUAACAAGGCCUUGCUCUACGCUCAGCUCCACGGCUCAAUCAUCACUGCCACAGUGGACAAGGUGUGUGGCCUUUCUACUGAGGAGCCUACAACUAUGCAGUCUACAAGCCCAGAGGUCACAACCUCUACGGUGACCUCCUCAACUCCUUUUCCAUCUGCAGCCCCCUCCCAACCUUUACCAGAGCAGUGGCUUGGGCAACUCGCCCACUUGAGGAACUCGUUCCCCCUGAAACCCUCCAAGAACAAUAAACAUAGUCUGAAAACGCUCUCUAGGGACUUCUUGAUGUAUCUGCAGCGCUACAAGUCUUUCUUUGCAGCGUUGCCAGAGAUGCUGUGCGAAGGGGAGAACAUGGUGGACGACUUCACAUGCUGGGGUGGAGAGGAUGUGUUGGAGAGUUAUACCAGCCGAGUUGUCGGAAACGGUCUGCAUGCCCAGAGGCAAAACCCAGAGGUCAAAGUUCGAGGUGCGGACCCUACAAUGGCUGAAGUUAAGGAGGGGUUGGAUCGCUUCAAUCAGGAGACCCAGGAGAAGUUUCCGAAACUGGGCCAGGUGGAGGUCUGGGACGAGUUGGGCAGCGGGAAAUCGGAGGGCAGCUCCAUAGGCUGUGACGAUGAAGAUGGAUGUCAAGCCUCAGGAGAUGGUCAAGAUACCUCAUACAUAGAUGCCUCCAGUGAAAGAAGACCCAUUGCUAGACAACCUGGAGGUGACGGCCCACAUGUGAACCCCUCCAAGCCCCCAUCAGUGAAGGUGAUAGGGGGCUCACCACCUGCCAGCUGGGCAAGGCCCUGGAGCCUUGCACUGCUCCUCGCUGCACUUUGCAUGCAGUGGACUUUAUUCUGAUGCCAGCACUGUCUGUGAAUCCCACUUAACCAUUUUAGGAAACAUGUAUAUGCAGACAGACUUAAAUAUCAUAUGUCACAUAAAGUAUCCUUGCUCCUGUCCUUAAUCUACGCGGAUGGAUGGUAACAAAGGAGAAAGAAACAUGGGAAAGGAAGAUGGAUACAGAAGAGAGGAGGACAACGUUGUAGGAGACGGUAGAUGAGGCGCUCCUGCAGGAACUUGUCCUGUGUCAUUACCAAUGCAGAUGAUUGCACAAGCUGAACCCAUGCACGGCCAUCUACAACGAUUAUGCCUGCUGCUUCCACUAGGCUGUUCUGGGAUUAGAUGAGUGUGUGUGUGCGUAUGUAGACACCAAUAUAGCCCUGCAGCUCCUCGCUCCCCUCACACUCGGCACACACUCUUAUAGUUCAGAACACUUAAAGCAUUACGGAUUCACAUUUAUGUGUUCUUACAUACAUUAUAACAAUACAGCUGUGCUCUUUUUCUGCUGCUGGAUUUCGCUUAAUCUUUCGGAUUCUAAACCUCAUCACACUCAGACGGAAGAAUUUGACUCAUUUGAAAUGUCAACUCUUUUAGGGGUUUUUUUUUUUUCCUUUUGAGGAAAAUUGGUAGAUCAAUCCCAGGUGCCGAGCCCAGAACAGCAGAUUUGAUAUUCUCUGACUGCGUACCUCGGCUGGAAGUGGAAUGUAAUUAGUUCACACUUGCACAGUUGAAUACAUGGUGCAGACAAACUAGGUGUCGAUAAUAUGUAACUGUAAAUAGGUGGAAAGAUUUGAUGGAGUGUGUGUGAGGUUCUGAUACUACAAAGAGCUCUUAACGGAUCUAUUUGAAUGGGUUUAUCUUUUCUUUUCAACUAGCUAUGAAUGGACUAUGCCUGUCUGCUCCACAAAGUUAGAAAACUAUAGAGAGAUUUUAUUUCUGUAACAAAUAAAGCAGAGCGUUCAAUUGAUUUUCCAGGUCAAGCUCAUGGCAUAAAUAUACAGUACAGUCUAUAUAUUAUUGUUUAUGGUGCACUCUGUUUUGUGUUUUUUGCUCAUUGAAUUGCACAUUCAUUUGUUGAGAAACUACCAACCAUUCUGUGUCACAUGGUAUUUGGAGACAUGGGUAAGACUCAACAACAAUUUGACACAAAAACAGUAUAUUUUUAUUGUUUCAUUGUAGUACAGUGGCGGCCAUUGUUGAAGUCUCGCUACAUGGAUUCAAUCAUGUGUUUUCUCCUGAAUUAGAAUCAUUUUUGUCUGUGUAGAGUUCCCUUGGUUUCUUCCCACUGAACAAAAUCAUGGUUAUUUGGCCGCACUAAAUUGCCUGUAGUGGUGAAUGCGAGUGUCCGUCCUUGGAUCGUCGAAGGAUAAGCAGCAGUACCGUAGCUAAUGGGUAAAGCAACGCCUUUCCAUGCCCGCGGAACAUUUCGUGAAAUCCCAACAACUACAAUAACAAAUCAUCAUUUGUUUUAGUUGAUUCUUUAUGAGGACGUAACAUAAGGGAUUCGUUUUUUAUGACUUCUACAAUGGUUUCGACUGUGCACCAGGUUUUAUUUCUUGUUUAGAUUUUGGUUUGUAUGCACAGGUACAGUUACAGCAGGGUUCCUAACUGUGUGAAUGAAGAUAUAAAUGCAUGGUCAUUGCUAUGCAAAUGCAGUACUCAAGAUAGAUGACUAUGUCCUUUGUAAAAAAAUAAAUUUGCAUAGAUACAGUAUCAAAGCUAAGGGCUACACACUUAGAGCUUGACGUGGGUCUGUGAGCAAUGAUAUACCUCUUCCAUUAACCGUGCUGCAUUCUAAACAACUUCUACAGUAUCUCUACUGAAAACUUAAACUCUAGUUUAAACACACAGAGAUAUACUAUUAUUAUUCAUUAAAAGCAUUUAAUGAAGAAGGAAAAGUUUCAACACUUAAAAUGUGUCCCAUUGUCAUAUUCUGUAACCAUGUUUGCUCAGUUCAUAUGAUAUCCUCCUGUUUGUUUUGUUCCAGGCUGGUGUUCAUCGCACCCACAGUUCACUUACAGUCCUAUACCCUCGCAUGUGUAUAAAUGUACAUAUUUUAAGUCA